AUGGCCUCCCGGAGGAUUAGCGCUUCGAAGUUAGUCCUAACGGCUAGACCUCCGAUGAAAUUAGGCUUUAUUGGCUUAAGAAGCUCUUUAUUCCUAGUACUUCUUUACGUACGAAGGGGGGGUUGUUUUACAGUAUUAAAACGAUUGUACGGUCGGAUGGUUGAAACUAAGAUACGGAACGGGAUCAACUAUAUUGAUAAACUUGACUUCCUCGAAGCAUACCCUCUCGCACGAAUUGAAGCCUUUAAAUCGGAGACAAUCAAGAAUAGCUUCUUAGCUACCGGUUUAGUACUAUUUGGACCCGACCGAGUGAUUUCAAAGCUUAAUAUCCGGCUUCGAACCCUAACCCCCCCUCCGAGCCGGGGGAGUGAAUUAAGCCGGAAUUUUAUACCAAAAACACCGGCUACAGAGAAAGAACUACCUUUACUUUGUACGAGGUCUCGAAGCCCGCCUAGCCUGUCAGAUUGUGCAUUAGACCAGCUUGUGAAAGGCUUCUGUCUUACAAUGCAAGGUGCUAUCUUACUCGCUAAAGAAAACAAGGAAUUACGUGCCGCCAACGAGAAGCAGAUACCUACUGAAGAAGGCCUCUUAGUUCAAGAAGAAGUAACUAAAGCACCUACCCCCGGCCCUAGUAUACCUAGAGAAUCGGCUAUUCAGCCACGUACGCGGCCCCGGGGCUUCGAACCCCUACCCCCUAGCUAG